AUGGGCUCACGCAAGGAGCAGUCGUUCUACUUUCCGCCGGGGAUGGACCCGGCUAAUGUGCCGCGCGAGAAGACCAAGGGCCGACGGGGCGGGCGUGGGGCGAAGCGGCCCAAGCAGACCAAGGUCCGACUCGCCAUGCCCUUUACGGCGCUCUGUGGCGCGUGCGGCUCGCUCAUCGGCUUUAACAAGCGGUUCAUCGCCCGCAAAGAGACGGUGAUCGGCGAGGACUACCUCGGCGUCCCCGUCCACCGGUUCUAUUGCAAGUGUCCCGAGUGCGCCUCCGAGUUUACCAUCAAGACGGAUCCCAAGACCGCGAGCUACGUCGCCGAGCACCGCGUCAAGCGGCUGCACGAGGCCGCCACCGCCGCCACUGCUGUCAAGCCGCUGCGCGAGAUGGUCGACGAUGACGCCGACGGCGGCGGCGAUGGCGACGGCGGCGGCGAUCCCAUGGCCGCUCUCGAACAGCGCGCCGCAGACACCCGCCGCGAGAUGGAAGACCUCGAGCGACUGGAGGAUCUGCGCGCCAUUAACGCCCAGCUCAACGACGUUGACCCCAUGGCACUCCUUGCCGCACGCGCUGCAGAUGCCGAGGCCCUUGCUGCUGCCGCUGCCUCAGACACACUCGACGAGGCUGACGAGCAGCGGAUGCGCGAGAUCUUUGCCGCCCGCGCCGCGCGGGUCAUCCGCCUCGACGACCGUUCACCUCCUGUCGGCGACGCCGGUGAGCCCAGCCUCGGUCUUGGCCCAGCUGCUACGCCCGAUGCGAACCCUGUUAACGUUCGCACAGCGGUGGGGGGCUCGGCGGUGGGCAAGCGACCGCGGCCGCGAGGCAGCGUCGUGGUGCGUGCGGUGAAGCGGGCAAAGCUCAACCCCAAAGCCACCCCCGCGCCUGUGUCUGCGGCUGCCCCCGCGCCUGCACCGACGCCUGCGCCUGUAUCGUUGCUCGCGGGCUACGGCGAUUCGGACUCGGACUCUAGCUCGUAGCGGCAGCCACGACAGUGUUUAUCCAUCUUGAGCUGCGGCGCCGAGUGCGGCAUGAUAGCCGUCCCUGGGCAGAUGGACUGUGAGAUCAAAGGAGAUGGCCGGCGGAGCGCGGCCGGGUUCGUCGGGUGCAACCUUGCGUGACAUCGAUCGCCAAUCCAGGUAGGCCAUAAAGGCCUCGUCAAAC